UCAAAUCCUUUCACAAAAAUCACCCAACUUACACAAUCCUUUCACUAAUGAGCCAUUAGCCCGUUUCUAGGUCAAAUGCCGGUUACCAUCCGACGUGGGUGCUGAUAUGGAUGCUGAAUCACUUCCCCUACCUCACUCUCUUUCCUCCUCACCUAUUUCGUAGCAUAUAAACCGGCUCUGCACUCCCAAAUCGCCACCCCUUUACCCGAUAAUUGCCAGAACCCUAAUUUAGGAAAAUGUCCAGCAUCUCAAGCAACAACAGCCAUGGCAUGCAAUUCGCGAGGUGUAGAUGCGGAGAAAAGGUCGUUCUGAAGACAGUUUGGACUGAAUCAAAUCCUGGAAGGAGAUUUCUGGGCUGUUCAAAUUAUGGGAGGCAUAAUUUUUGGCAUAAGGUAUCCUUCACAUUGUCCAUUACCUUCUUCUUAGUAGCCAACCUCUUCAUGAGUUUAGUCCUAAUCAUCUCCAGCAUGAUAAGAAUGGGUUUUUCUCUUGCAUCUAAAAUGUACUUGUUGAAUGACUCACACAAGUUAUUUGUUAACAUGUCACAUUUGGGGAAAGUGCUGAAUUCUGCCCUAGACCAGUUCUUGGGUGGCCUUGCUUUCAACCACUCCCUUGCCUCUGGACAUUUAUCUUCUAGAAGCUUUAGGCACCCCAACAACCUUGCAGGAUAAGAAGCCCUGGCACAAUCCCAGAGUAAGUCCUUU